CGCCAUUUUGUCGGCCAUUUCCUCCUCCAUUGAGCUGCCAACUUGAAUGUUCACGCCGCUCAGGACGCUCCGUCUCCGGCCUCAGCUUCAGCAGCAGCCCGGGCUCCUCUCCUCGACCAAGCUGCGGCUCCCUCCCGGCUGGACGAGAGACGUUUAGCAGCCAUCAAUCAUGGCGCUGAAGAUCGUCAAAGGCAGCAUAGAUCGCAUGUUCGAUAAAAACCUGCAGGAUUUAGUACGUGGCAUCAGGAACCACAAGGAAGAUGAGGCCAAGUACAUCUCCACCUGCAUCGACGAGAUCAAACAGGAGCUCAAGCAGGACAACAUCGCCGUCAAAGCCAACGCCGUGUGCAAGCUCACCUACCUUCAGAUGCUGGGCUACGAUGUCAGCUGGGCCGCCUUCAACAUCGUGGAGGUCAUGAGCUCCUCCAAGUUCACCUACAAGAGGAUUGGCUACCUGGCAGCCUCGCAGUGCUUUCACGAGAGCACCGAUGUCAUCAUGCUGACCACUAAUCAAAUCCGAAAGGAUCUCAGCAGUCCCAACCAGUACGACACAGGUGUUGCCCUCACUGGCCUCUCCUGCUUUGUGACCCCUGACCUGGCCCGGGACCUGGCCAAUGACAUCAUGACGCUGAUGUCCCACACUAAACCCUACAUCAGAAAGAAAGCGGUGCUCAUCAUGUACAAGGUCUUUCUCAAGUACCCCGAGUCCCUCCGCCCUGCCUUCCCCAGACUGAAGGAGAAACUUGAGGACCCAGAUCCAGGCGUGCAGUCAGCUGCGGUCAACGUCAUCUGUGAGCUGGCCCGCAGGAAUCCCAAGAACUACCUGUCUCUGGCACCGCUCUUCUUCAAGCUCAUGACCUCCUCCACUAACAACUGGGUUCUUAUUAAGAUCAUUAAGUUGUUUGGUGCGCUCACACCACUUGAGCCACGUUUGGGGAAGAAGUUGAUCGAGCCUCUUACAAACCUGAUUCACAGUACCUCUGCCAUGUCUUUGCUGUACGAGUGUGUAAACACGGUUAUUGCAGUGUUGAUUUCCUUGUCGUCUGGGAUGCCCAAUCACAGUGCUAGUAUCCAGCUCUGUGUGCAGAAACUGCGAAUCCUGAUCGAAGACUCUGACCAGAACUUGAAGUACCUGGGCCUUUUGGCCAUGUCCAAAAUCCUGAAGACCCACCCCAAGUCGGUGCAGAGUCACAAGGACCUCAUCCUCCAGUGUCUGGAUGACAAGGAUGAGUCAAUCCGCCUGAGAGCUUUGGACCUCCUCUAUGGCAUGGUCUCCAAGAAGAACUUGAUGGAGAUUGUGAAGAAACUGAUGCUCCACGUGGACAAAGCGGAGGGAACCACUUACAGGGAUGAACUGCUUACCAAGAUCAUUGACAUCUGCAGCCAGAGCAACUACCAGUACAUCACUAACUUUGAAUGGUACAUCAGUAUCCUGGUAGAGCUGACGAGAUUAGAGGGCACGAGGCACGGUCACCUCAUCGCCUCUCAGAUGCUUGAUGUUGCUAUUCGGGUGAAAGCCAUCCGAGUGUUCGCUGUAGCCCAGAUGGCUACCCUGCUGGACAACGCCCACCUGUUGACUGGCAACAUGCAGAGGAACGGCAUCUGUGAAGUUUUGUACGCAGCGGCCUGGAUCUGCGGCGAGUUCUCGGAGCAUCUGGAGAACCCGUUGCAGACACUGGAGGCCAUGCUGCGGCCAAAGGUGGCCACCCUGCCGGGCCAUAUCCAGGCUGUGUACGUGCAGAACGCUGCCAAGCUGUUUGCCACCGUGCUGAAGAGCCAAGAGGGCAACACCGACAGCACGACUGCACAGGAAACCAUCCAGCUGAUGAUCGACCGACUGCCGCUUUUUGUCCAAAGCGCCAACCUGGAGGUGCAAGAGAGGGCGUCCUGCAUCCUGCAGCUAGUGAAAUACAUCCAGAAGCUGCAGCAGAAAGAUGUGGCGGUGGCGGAGGAAGUGAUUGCACUGUUUGCCGGAGAACUCAACCCUGUGGCCCCCAAGGCGCAGAAGAAAGUGCCUGUCCCUGAAGGUCUGGACUUGGAUACCUGGAUCAACGAGCCUCCCUCGGAGAGCGAGUCUGAGGACGAGCAGCCCAAGGCUAUUUUUGCCAAGGAGGAGCCCAAACAUUCCCGCCCCAGACACACAGAGGUGGACGAGAAGGAGCUGGCGAGGAGGAGAGAAGCCAGGAAACAGGAGCAAGCCAACAACCCUUUUUACAUCAAGGCCUCCCCUUCCUCUCAGAAGGUGUACCAGGACACGCCCGGAGUGGAGCACAUCCCAGUCGUUCAAAUUGAUCUGACGGUGCCUCUCAAAGUACCAGGCCUGCCCAUGUCCGACCAGUACGUCAAGCUGGAGGAGGAGCGUCGGCAGAAGGAGAGAGCCGAGAAGAAGAAGGAGAAGAAAAAGAGGAAAGAGAAGCGCAGCGGCCGAGGGAAGAAGCACGACUCGGGCCCCGAGAGCGAGGAGGACAUCACACCUGCGCACAUGGUGGACAUCGUUACGGAGGAGAUGCCAGAGAAUGCCUUACCCAGUGAUGAUGAUGACAAAGACCCUAAUGACCCUCACAAAGCCCUGGACAUUGACCUGGACAACUUGGUGGAAAUGGCCAGGCGCAGGCCUCUUGCAGAUAGUGAGAAGCUGCCAGUAAAGUCCCAUCGUGCAACGGAGGCUCUAAAAAGCCCAGACGGAGAGGCAGAAAGCACCUCACAGGAAGCCAAGAAGAAAAGCGGCAAGGAAAAGAAGGAGAAGAAGAAGGAUAAAGACCGCGAUAAGAAGAAGAGCAAAGACGAGAAGAAGAAGAAGAAACACAAGCAUGAAGACAAGGGGCUGGAUCUUCUUGGCAAUCAGUCAGAUGACGCUGUCAACCAAUCAGAAGGACCCAGUGAGGUGGCGGCUCCUCCCACUUCCACUGCCGCUGAGGUUACCGAUCUGGAUUUCUGGCUCUCAAACGCUCCAGUGCCCUCUAAUGCCCAGGAAGCAGUAACAGUAGCAGCAGCCCCAGUGCCCGAGGUCGCCUCUGGCUCGCCACCCAACUCUGAGCCUGAAGAAAGCCCAAAAGAAACGGAAACAGAGGAGUCUAAGUCCUCCAAACCCAAGAAGAAGAAGCAGAAGAAGGACAAGGAGGAGAAGGAGAAGAAAAAGAAGAAGAAGCAUCACCACCACCACCACCACCACCAUCACCACCACAGCGAUGGCGGCGGGGAAGGCUCGGUGCAGAACGGCACGGUGGAGGAGGAAGAAGAACCGCUACCACCCAUGUCCAAUUACUGCCUUCUAGCUGAGAACUCUUACAUCAAGAUGAUGAUGGAAGAUGCAGAUCAGGUUUGCGACAUCCAGGGAAACCUGCAGGACGGGAGCCAGGUGGUGGUGUCGGUCAUCUUCGAGAACAAGUGCGAGAGCUUCCUCAAGUCCAUGGAGUUCAACGUCCUGGACUCUCUCAACUCCAAGCUGCAGAGGCCGGAGGGGGCGGGGCCACACGACGGCCUCACGGUCCCCUUCCAGCUUCCGCCUGGAGUGUCCAAUGAAGCGCGCUUUGUGUUCAGCGUGCAGAGCAUCGUGAUGCCACAGAAACUGAAGGGAACACUCACUUUCAUUGUCAAGAACGAAGAAUCAUCAACUCACGAGAAACUGGACUUCAAACUGCACUUUACUUGUACCUCCUACCUAAUCACCACUCCAUGCUACAGUGAUGCCUUCGCAAAGCUGUUGGAAUGUGGGGACCUGAAGGGCAGCUCUGUCAAACUGGAAGGAGUCAACAUGCCAUUCCACCAUCUUCUGGCCAGGAUCUGCUUCCAUCACCACUUCUCUGUGGUGGAGAGGAUCGACUCCUGUGCCUCCAUGUACAGUCGCUCUGUCCAGGGUCACCAUGUUUGUCUGCUCGUCAAAACUUGCGGUCAGACGGUGUCCAUGGACGCCAAAUGUGACGAGCCGGCGCUGCUGGGGAACGUGCUGGACGAGAUCAAGCAGACCUUCUCUCAGUGCUGAUUGAGUGCAGGGUAGCUCCGCCCCCUCACUGGAACACACUUCCCUAUUUAUUCUUCUUCAAGCUCCGUCUUUCCCUGCGACACACUUUCACCCUUUUGACUCCGCCCACCUCCUAGACGUCUCCUUCCUCCUCUUCGUCCCUCUCAGUCACGUCACGUAACCAUGACAACCAGACUUUGGCUCCAUUUGCGGUUUUACUCUUUUUGAACACUUUUGGUUUGUAUUGUUCCAUGUUUCUUUGUCUGAAGCCUGUCUGCGCCUUUUGUGUGUGUGUGUGUGUGUGUGUGUGUGUGUGUGUGUGUGUGUGUGUGUGUGUGUGUGUGUGUGUGUGUGUGUGUGUGUGUGUGUGUGUGUGUGUGUGUGUGUGUGUGUGUGUGUGUGUGUGUGUGUGUGUGUGUGUGUGUGAGAGUGUGAGAGAGAGUGCUGUUUAGGCCUUGGAACCAUGUCUCUACCAGACUGAAAGUGCUGUUUAGGCCUUGGAACCAUGUCUCUACCAGACUGAAAGUGCUGUUUAGACCUUGGAACCAUGUCUCUACCAGACUGAAAGUGCUGUUUAGGCCUUGGAACCAUGUCUCUACCAGACUGAAAGUGCUG